AUGUCGAAUUCCGAGGAUAAUUCAUCACCACAGAUACAAGUUGAGGCUCCGCCAAUGGCGGCUUCUGCGCCGAAUGAGGUCCACCAGACGCCGGCGACCGGUGAAGUGGGCAUCACCGGAAUCCUGCAGCGGUGGAAGAGGGAGGACUUGUUGAAGAGAGGGUCAUUGGGGUUGAGAGGGAUCGCACUGCUUUUCUCUCUGAUUUCCUUCAUUGUCAUGGCUAGCAACAAGCACGGAGAUUGGAGGGAUUUCGAUAAAUAUGAAGAGUUUAGGUACUUGGUGGCCAUUGCGAUUUUGUCCACUUUGUACACCGGAUGCCAAGCUUUCCGUCAAGUUCAGGAACUUUCCACCGGAAAACAGCUUCUUCAGCCGAAGAUGGCAGCUAUGGUUGACUUUUUUGGUGAUCAGAUAAUUGCAUAUCUUUUGAUAUCAUCAGCAUCUUCAGCAGUUCCAAUGACAAAUAGAAUGAGGGAAGGGGCAGACAAUAUUUUUACAGACUCUUCAGCUGCAGCCAUUAGCAUGUCUAUAUUUGCAUUCUUGUGUCUAGCAGUGUCAGCUCUCAUUUCAGGCUACAAACUAUCAAUUCAACCUUAUAUCUAA